GGCCAAUAGGAAAGCAGGAGGCGAGGGCCCGGAGCGGGGAGGGCGCGCGUGCGUACCUGAGCGCCGUGGCCCCUUCGCAAGCAACCUGGCAGUGAAGCAAUGCCCGACCCUGUUGUGACGGGAGGGAGCUGCAACUACAGGACCGACCAGCUCGAUCAUGCAAUUGCAGGACCGACCAGCAUGAUCGCAGUCCCGGAGGCAGGAGAGCAACUCUGCUGAUUAAUGGGCUCAGAGGGGGUGUGACGCUCCCCGCGUGCCAUUGCCGUUGCUUAAUACUGCCAAGAAGAGAAGCCAGCCAGCCGGCGCGGGGAGGGGGGUCUCUGGCCCCCGGUGACGUCACUCGCGCACGUGGGCCCCGGACCAGCUGGGGCUCGCGUGGCUUGCUGCUUGGCUUCGGCUGCUGCUGCUGCUCGUGAGGGAGGCGACCGCCCUGCCUGCCUGCCUGCUUGCCCCGGGUGCCGCCGGCCUCUUGCGCCAUGGUGCAGCCCCUGCAGAAGUGUCGGGCGGAGUGGCAAGAACUGGAGGGCGAGUUCCAGCAGCUCCAGGAAACUCACAAAAUCUACAGACAAAAGCUAGAGGAACUGAACAACCUGCAGGCUGCCUGCAGUAGCUCUAUCCAGAAGCAAAAGCGGGGGUUAAAAGACUUGCAGUAUAGCUUCCAAAGAUGUAAACGUGACUGCAGCUUGGAAGAAUCGGAACUCGUACAACAAAUAAACAGCCAGAUCAAAGAGCGGCAAAAUGUUUUCUUUGACAUGGAAGCCUAUUUGCCAAAGAAGAAUGGUUUGUACUUAAAUCUGGUGCUGGGGAACGUGAAUGUAACUCUCCUAAGUAAUCAGGCCAAGUUUGCCUACAAAGAUGAAUAUGAAAAAUUCAAACUGUACUUGACAAUAAUCUUACUGCUUGGAGCGGUCCUUUGCCGAUUUGUUCUUCAUUAUCGGGUGACUGAUGAAGUGUUCAACUUCCUUUUAGUUUGGUAUUACUGCACGCUGACGAUAAGGGAAAGUAUCCUCAUCAGCAAUGGCUCGAGGAUCAAGGGCUGGUGGGUAUCUCAUCAUUAUGUUUCUACGUUCCUGUCUGGCGUGAUGUUAACAUGGCCAGAUGGUCUCAUGUACCAAAUGUUCCGCAACCAGUUUUUAGCAUUUUCAAUUUUUCAGAGCUGUGUCCAGUUUCUACAAUAUUACUAUCAAAGUGGCUGCCUCUACAGACUUCGCGCAUUGGGGGAAAGAAACCACUUGGAUCUCACAGUGGAGGGAUUUCAGUCUUGGAUGUGGCGAGGGCUCACCUUCCUGCUUCCCUUCUUGUUCUUCGGGCAUUUUUGGCAGCUCUACAAUGCUAUCACACUUUUUGAACUGUCGAGACAUAAGAAGUGUAAAGAAUGGCAAGUUUUUGUGCUUGCCCUCACAUUUCUGGUGCUCUUCCUUGGGAACUUCCUCACGACUCUGAAAGUUGUGCACGCUAAACUUCAGAAGAACAAAGUGAAGAAGUUUUGAAGAAAGCAGGCUGUGCCUAUGGGACACUAGGACUCGGGGUCUGGCUAGUUUCCCCCCCUCUGCUGUGAUUAGACUUUUGUUCUGGACAGUCCUCCAGUUUCAUCAGUGACCCUAUAAUAAGCAGACAUUGCAGCCAGUUUCAUCCGCGUUAUGCUGUGAAGUCUUCCUCAACCGACUUAUGAGUGCUGGACUCUCCGGCUGGUAGCCCAACUAUUUAUAUUUAAUUUCAUCCAAACCCUUAUGGCCUUUGCUGGGGUAUAGCCAUGGGGAUGGUCCCUUUCAGGAAGAAGAUGGAUUCUCAAGAGAGAAAAAGAAGGAAAUCCAAUUAUUCUGGAAUAAAGCAAACCUUCAUUAAAUACUUCCUUUUAAAGUUCCAGGUAUCAGAUCCUGAAGCAGCCACUGGGAUUAUCUUGUAUGGGGCCAUUUGCUGGGUGCUGCUCCCCUUCAGAGCCCAUCUCGGAAGCUAUAAUAGGGCUGCCAUUGUCAGACUGGUGCCCCUGUAGAAAUUUUGGACUAUAUCUCCCAUGAGAUAUCCCUAUAUAUCCCUGACCAUUGGCCAUGCCAGCAGGGGCUGAUGGGAGAUACAGUCCAACAACGUCUGGAGGGCAUCAGGUUGAUGAAGCUGGUAGGGCAGAGAUUGCCAACCUGGUGCCUUCCAGACGUUGUUGGUCUCGGAACUGUCAUCAGCCCCAACCAGCAUGGCCAAUGGUCAGGGAUGAUGGGAGUUAAUGCCCAGUAAUAUCUGGAGGGCCGCAGAUCCCCCACCCCUGCUGUAGGGCAGCAGAGUAUUGCUUGCACUGCAGCUUUCAUUUCUGUUCCUCACUUGCAACCAAUUAAAAAUGUUUCCAGUUGGCUCAUAUUACUCAUAUUGUUGGGGGUAGGGGGACUUUGUCUCUUCAUUGUAUUCUAUUCCAGCUAGACGAGCUUACAGGAAGAAGAAACAAGUGAAUUUAGAAAACCUAACUGAAAUUCAACAGAAAUUUCAGUUUGUUAUUAGCUUCCUUCACAUGAACGUUGAAUGAAUGUUUCAUUUUCAGCCUUCUAAUCUGUUGAUCCUUGGAGAGGGAGAAGAAAAAGUGGCAAAUAAAGACCUGCCUCAAUUGA